CAACGACUUAAAUGUUCACUAUAAUUCUAUAUUGAAAUUUAUAGAACGAAUCAUUUUAUACGACGUCACUCAUGGCAACCAUUUAAAAACAAAAAUUUCGAUCUGAAAUCACAAAAUUCCCGUUUUAGCACCUACCGGGGUUGCUCCUCUCACGAUGAAAACUAUCCUAUCUUUUAAGUUGGACCAAAUUACACGCGGUGUAAAAAAUUUCAUCAAAAUCGGUUAAGUGGUUUAGGAGUCCAUUGAGGACAAACAUUGUGACACGAGAUUUAUAUAUAUUAUGGUUUAGGAGUCCAUUGAGGACAAACAUUGUGACACGAGAUUUAUAUAUAUUAAGAUAUAAUAUAUUCAUUAUCGGAAGAUGAUUCUUCCAUAAUCUUUACAAGGUAUAAAGAGUUUGUGAAUAGUAUGUUACUUAUCACUUUAGAUAGUCCUAUCGCUCAAACAACAGUGGCAGGAAACAUUUUUGCAGAACUUUUAUCCAAAAAUAUUCUUUCUAUGAUGACCAUCACUCAAGGGUGAUUAUUAAUUAUAUAUUUUUUUAAAUUAUAAAACAUUCUUAUUUCUGUUAGUAUUUUUGUUUUUGUAGAAUUGAUGAUGUUCUUAAAUAUUGGAAUGAUUUUUUGAUGGAUUUCCCUCAAUUUUUCACCUAUAUUGCUGCCAUUAUUGCUCCAUUAUUAUUAUCACAGAAUGGUACCUUUGAUUUCAACAGUUUAAAAGAUUCUUGUACAUCUAUACGACCAGACAAUUCUAGUAAAUUGUUCAUCGAAGUACUAUAUAAAAUUAAUAGUUCCAAGGAAGCGCUUAACAUUAAAGAAGAGAAACUAGGUGGUAUAUUGUGGAUUUACAACAAGUGGAACGCGUUAGAAAAUGUUCCUCUUGACGUUUUUGUGCCCAAUAACCAAAUAAAUAAUUAUUUCAAAAAAGAUCAAAUUGGAGUAUUCCUCUUAUCUAUUGCGAUUAAUGAUAAAAUGAGGUUCAUUGAUAAUAAACUACUCUACGAUAUAUUGCAAAGCUGGAUAUGUGCUAAUAUCAAUGCAGAAAUCAUUAAAACCACUUUGUUUGUGCAAGCAUUAACUAUUGCUAUUUUCAUUGUAUGUUUGAAAUUGAAUCAUUCUUAUGAGGAUUUCUUUGAAUCUAUUCAUUUGAAAUUAUUAACCUGUUAUAUUCAAUUUGAAUCACUCCCAGAAUAUGAAAUCAAGGAACGAGAAGUAAAAUGCAUGUCGGGCAUUCAAAUAAUGGCUGCUACACUCAAGCAUCCUGGAGGAAUGGUAAUAAAACUAUUCAAUAAGCUCUAUGAACAUAGAGUUAUAAGGAAAGAAUCGUUUGAACUAUUCAUAAAAGAAUAUGAAAAAAUAGCUGACAAAUAG